AUGACGCGGCGGGUGGAAGCCCCAGAAGUUGCUCUCGAGGUGGCAUCGAGAAGGCUGCUGGGCUCCAGUGUCCAAGUUGUGGAGCCAAUGGGAGGCGGCUCCCAGCCCCACGUGAGGCAAGCUCGGCCCGGCAGCAGGCAAAAUGUGAAUGAGAAAGAGGAGCGCGAUUUAAAGGUGCUGGCGGCGCCCGCCGGAGACAAGCGCGCCGGCUUCCCGCGCUCCCCAGCGGCCCGCGGGAGGCGACGGACGGACCGACGGACGAACAAACGGGCGCACGGACGGCUGCUAGCCAGGGCAAAGAGCAGCAGAACCAAGAGCGCGGGCUCCGACGGGCAAGCGACCGGCAGCGGCUCCAACGAGCCUGCGGGGCGCGGGCGCCCUCUUCCCUCUGGGGUGCACCGCCUCACCCCCCACACCGCCCGCACCUGUGCUGGCCUGGCAUGCAGCGGGGCCAGGGCUGAGGGGCCGCGGCUUCUGUCCUCCGGCUCCCCCUCGACCCCUGCUCCGCGCUCCCGGCGUUGCUCCGGGCGUCCGGCGGGCUUCCUGGCGGCGGGGCGGAGCGGGGGCUUUUCGCCCGCGCUGCCCCAGGCCGCGCUGCAGCCCGCGCUGCCCCCCGCGCACCCUCACCACCAGAUCCCCAGCCUGCCCACCGGCUUCUGCUCCAGCCUGGCGCAGGGCAUGGCGCUCACCUCUACGCUCAUGGCCACGCUGCCCGGCGGCUUCUCCGCUUCGCCCCAGCACCAGGAGGCGGCGGCCGCCCGCAAGUUCGCACCGCAGCCGCUUCCCGGCAGCGGCAACUUCGACAAGGCAGAGGCACUGCAAGCUGACACGGAGGACGGCAAAGGCUUCCUGGCCAAGGAAGGAUCGCUGCUCGCGUUCUCCGCCGCCGAGGCGGUGGCGGCGGCUCCAGUCGGGGCUGUCCGAGGGCAAGGGAAAGACGAGUCAAAGGUGGAAGACGACCCGAAGGGCAAGGAAGAGAGCUUCUCACUGGAGAGCGAUGUGGACUACAGCUCGGAUGACAAUCUGACUGGCCAGGCAGCGCACAAGGAGGAAGACCCGGGCCACGCGCUGGAGGAGACCCCGCCGAGCAGCGGCGCCGCGGGCAGCACCACGUCCACCGGCAAGAACCGGCGGCGGCGGACUGCCUUCACCAGCGAGCAGCUGCUGGAGCUGGAGAAGGAGUUCCACUGCAAAAAGUACCUCUCCCUGACCGAGCGCUCGCAGAUCGCGCACGCCCUCAAACUCAGCGAGGUGCAGGUGAAAAUCUGGUUCCAGAACCGCAGGGCCAAGUGGAAACGGGUGAAGGCAGGAAAUGCCAACUCCAAGACAGGGGAGCCCUCCCGGAACCCCAAGAUCGUCGUCCCCAUCCCUGUCCACGUCAGCAGGUUUGCUAUUAGAAGUCAGCACCAACAGCUGGAGCAGGCCCGGCCCUGAGGGCCAGAGCGGGCAGACCUGGCAGCCAUGGUGGUGAACCCAGCUCCCAGGGGACCUGUGUGGUCCAAGUCUGCAGCUAAACUCCAAGUCACACCCCAGCUGUGGGCAUCCCAAGCAAUCUGAGAAUCUGUUCACUGCGCACACUUGAAAGACUGCAUUGAAGGGACUGCAGCCACGCUGAAGACACACUAAAUAUUUAUUAUACUGCCCCACUUUGUACAUAGAUACCCAUAGAUACCGGAUCUCAGCUGCAGUAUUUGGAAAGUUCUAGGACCAGAUCACCCAGUAAUAUUCCGCACUCACGUUCCGGAAGAAAACAAACCUCGGCUGUACCCUGCGCCGUCGCAGCCGUCUGUCCAUUCUUUUCCACAGGUAAACAUGAAAUGCAGGAACAAACGCUGGGGUUUAAACUUAUUUUUGUUUCUCUUCUGGCUUUUUGAGUUGACUGGAAGCCGGCAUUGUGGGGCAGCCUGGAGACUGGCGCUUAGCUCUUGCCUGGCUUUCUUUCCCGGGUCGCAUAUUCUAUCUGAGCCAUGUCUGAAGCACGUCUCCGUU